CUCUCCUCUCGCACUCUGCGGCUGCUGCUGGUCGCUGUCAUCAUGCAGGUGGAAUCUGCGCAGUGUGCUUCAGAAUAAAAAUCUUUGACAGGGACGCCACGACUUCUCUGAGCUGCCAGUCAGCUGGACUCCUGACAUCAAACCGCCGUGGAGGAAGAAGCAACAAGACAAGAGACAAACCGACAAAUUGGAUUUUUUACCCACUUGCACCAUUUACCUGCCUAAGUUAGCAAUAUAUUUAAAUUUGGAUUAAGAUCUCUUUAAAUUUUUACUCUGCGCGGAAUAAUAAAGCGCUGUUGAGUUGUUACAAAGUGUUUUCCUCUCUUGGCGCAGUCCAGCACAGCUCAGCGGGAGUCGUGGAGGAUGUCAUCAAGUCCUAAAGGAAAUGAAAGUCCCAAACAGACCAGAAGGACGUAAUCUUUUGGGAAUAUCUUCUCUUUGCACGCGCCGGUGCGAUGGAUGAAAGCACUGCCAGCGACACCAUCCCAGAUCUGAAAGACAUAGAGACAAAAAUCGGCCGGAAGACUCCCGAGGGUUUGCUCAGGUGGAUGAGAGAAGAUGCGUCCUCUCUCAGGGGAGAAACCAAACUGGCCGCCCCUCAGGACACCAGUAAGGACACUGGGAAGAAGAGUUUGGAUGAAAAGAUUAGGAAGCUCAGGAUGGAGAUGGCUUAUCUUCGCUCAGUGGAUGUCAAGAUUUUGCAACAGUUACUGGCGGUCCAUGAGGGCAUCGAGGCACUGAAAUGGCUGAUGGAGGAGCGCAGCACACUAACCAGUCACUGCAGCAGCCUGACCAGCAGUCAGUACAGUUUGGGUGAGGGCCCCGACACGUCUUGGAGGGGUUCCUGGAGCAGCCUGCAGGACCCUACUAAUGACAAGCUAGACAACAUCUCUAUUGGCAGCUACCUGGACACUCUGGCUGAUGACAUGGAUGAGUACUGCCCCUCCAGCUCAGAGUCUGUGAUUUGCUCCACCACACCACUAGUUUCAGAAGCUACACCCAAGAGCAACACAACCGGAGCCCCAGGAGUGUCUGGAGCUGGAGCUGCUGUGGGAGCUAGGUCAAGUAAUGGAGAUGGGAAUCAGAUUCGAACUGGGACAAGUGACAAAGAAAUGUUAGGGGGACCUGGGUUUACCAGUGCCGUCACUGGGCCUGGAGGUAGUGAAGCUGGAAUAUUAGGAGCUCCUGUCAGGUUUCCCCAAGUCAAGACAAACAGCUCCAAGGAAAACACUCCAGUCCGAACCAAGCCUGCAGAGAUGGAUAAGGACAGCCCAGUUUUAAAAGACGAUGCCAAAACACAAAUGCUUAAGGUCAAUGGUGUUCUGGAAAAAACAGCAACACAGACAGGCAGCCCGACUCGCAAAGGCGUCCCUGACAAACUGGGAACCAGACAGAGCCCCAAAGCCAAACAGUACAAAAACGGAAAGAUCGACUUGGAUACAUGCAAAAUGAAUGGCAAAAUGCACCUGGAGUAUGAUGCUCACUGGCGAUGGGUGCAGUCACAGGAAGAUGUGACGUUUUUGUAAAAAAGGACCAUCACAUUGAACUACCAUAUUAAAUGACAACAACAUUGUUCCCUCUGCACUGACUUUUCUAGAAAACAUUGAUGUCACCAUUUAACAGGAUUUGAUCCAAUUAUUUUUGCCAAAGAGGGAUGCCUCACUCAAAUAUAGGAAAAUUACUUUGAAAAUUCAGUACCAGAGUCUUUCUCAGGAUAUUUUUCGUAGGCCCUAAUUUUAAUUUGAGAUGUAUAUUUUUUAAUUUUUCUGUAGAAAAAAAAGCACAGUGACAUGAUUUGCCAGAGAGCUGAAACAUUAUUGCAGAUUCUGUGACGUGCCAGUGAUUUCAAAAUUUUCUUGUUUAUAAAUUUGUCUCCCUUUAAUUCUUCCUCAAUAAUGUUAUUGAGAAUCUAUUACUGACCUGGACAUGGUUGUCUUUUUAAAACAGAUUUAGGUUGGGAGUCAUAAAAAUCUCUUUUCAGAUUCUUCUCAUGACCAUUUGCCGGGGUCUUAUCCCUUGAGACUGGACAUUUCAAAACAAUGGCACUAGCGUAGUUAAAUGUACUAGAUUUAAAAAAGAUAAAAAUCCAACAUAAAUUGGCUCCUUUUUAUACAAUAGAUUUACACAAAAUAUGCUGUACAAAUGUAUUUAUGCAUAAAUGGCCUUGUCCAGUAAUUACAUACCACAUUAGUGCAUUUUACCAAAAUGUGCAGUGCAAGUGAUUAAUAUAAAAUUUGUGCGCAUGUUACUACCUAAAACAUUCCUCUAACGAACAGAAACUUUUAAUGUUAAAAAAAAAUCCACCAAGGUUUGAAAAAGUAAAAAAAAAAAAAAAUACCACAAAUAGUUUUGUCAUUGUACAGUCUUGCUUCAGUGCAACCAUCUACAAUAAUGUAAAUUUACAAUACAGCUACUCUGCGCAUCUGUUAUUAGUGGUGUCUGACUCUGUGAAAACCCUGAAUAUAGCCUUUUUUCAGUUUUAUGCAAUGAAGAAGUUGUGCCUCUUUAGUGUGAUGUUUAACAGCAAAAUCCUGUAUUUUUCCUAAGAUGAUUGCACUGUCGUCAUGACAGCUUGAAUGCCUUAGUUCGUUUUGUUUUUUUAACCACGCCUUUGCCUCUGCUAGUGUGUCCAGAUAUACUGUAGCUAGACCAGGAGUCUGUGCUUUCGAGUGUCAAUUGGUGAAUGUGUUGCAUGCCAGGUGCUGAAAGCUUUAGUAGUUGAUUUGUGGGGAUGGUGUGGAAGAUUGAACAAUCAAGAAAAGCAAUAUAUUUUUUUAACUCUUAUUCAGCAAAAGAAAUCCAAUAAUACAAUCUUUCUUGGAUGGCAAUGUUACUUAUGAGCCAGAAGAAAACAGAUGAGUCCCAAAGUUUUGAAAAAGCUUUUGACUCAUCCAUCACAUUGUUGCUAUUCCUCCAGUCAGUCAGCAGUUAAACAUCCUGAUGCUGCAGGGCUGGCGAACAGAGCUGGGCAUCUUUCAUUAUGUACGCAUAAUAUUUAGUCUAAUCAGUAAAAAUAUUUUUACAAUACUGCCCACUUGGUAAUCAGUUAACCUGAAGUUAUUAUUUUAAUACUGUGGGAGGAACCUGGAGUACCCAGCAAAGAACCCACACAUUCACUGGGAACAUGCAAACGGUUGCUAAAAGACCCCAGGAUGGGAUUUUAAACCAAUAUAUGUAUAAAUAUAUAUUUUAAAUAAGAUAAAUGUAAAAUAAGAGCACUCAAGACAAAGGAAAGCUCUGACUCCAGCGUUGUUACUCUGCUUCCCAAAAUAACAGAAUGUUUUUCUCCCAACAAUUGUAUCACUGGAAUAUUAGCAAACCAUGCAGUGACAGUCUUGCUUUUUUCUAUUUAUUGAAUAUGUGCUUCAGUACUUAUAGUUCCCACAACAACCUCUGUAUUCCUAAAAUCCAUAUUUUAAACAUCUGGUGGCAGGAAUUAAAGUUAAAAUGUUCACAUCUACAUCUAAAAUAUUGACAUCUACAGUCAACUGUUCUUUCUUACAUUUGGAAAGAAAGAUCUUGAAUUGUACUUAUGGUGGGAGUUAUUGGACUUUAUUCUGUAUCUCUGAAAUAAAACUAUUGAAAUUCUGAUGGGCCAUUUAACUAUCCAGGGUAUAUACCACCGUCAGCAGCCUUUGCUUAAAAAGACUAAAACAAAAGUGUCAUCUAAAAAGUAUCAUCAAGUAACAACAUUCCAAAGUUGUCACUGUGAUAAGAAAAUACAUUUGGCAAAUGUUUUAAAGAUAUUGUUGAAAAACUUAGUAACUUAUUAUCUUUUCAUCUGAGCCACAGGAGUGUUUUCUCUCCUCCUAACUUUCUUUUUAUCCCACUUUCCCACCUACCCAUAGUAGUAGGAUGGAAAUGUUUAGUCUGUGCCAACAAACAUUAUGUACACACAAUGGUCUCUCAUUGGAGACAGCUCCAUAAAGCCACUAGAGACAAGUAAAAAAAAGCGUGCUCUAACGUGGCCCUGAACUCUUAAACAAAUAACCCUAAAAGAACCCCACUCACCCCUCUUUUCUCUUUAAAUACAAUACACACAACUUCAACCCUGGUGAUGUUUUCAUUCACAAUACAAAAAUGAAGUCGAAUGAAACGGUAGUUGCUUUUAACAUAUGUGCUGGAUGAAAAGCAAUAAAAACAAGGGAUGCCUGUGCGACCUCUUUGUGGUUUUGUUUCCAUAUGAACUGAGGUUUGAGUUUUAAAAAAAUAGCACAGUGAACCAAGCUGUAAAACUCAUUACAUCACUACAUGGUGUGUCUUUAAGUGGAUACACUGCAGCCCACGAUGGGUUUAAUGUGUUUUCUCUAGUCAGAUCCAGUUUAGAUUUGAAAAAUUGGAAUCAUUUUUAGUUCAACUCAUGGCAGAAAUUUAAUGAGUGCAAAUGAUGCAAGGAGGAGCUACUUGUGCUCUGUUAUUUUAGGAGGGGAAAUGACAGCGCAGACCGUUGUCUUUUCAGGCAAAUCUGAAAUAAAUCUGAGAUCUUAUUUCUUUUUGAAUAUAUUAAGCACUGUCUAAAUGUUCUGGAUUUCUUAAAUGCUCACUUUAAAGGAUCUGACCAGGGUUCAGGUACCAGCACCCUGAGGCUAUUCUGGGAACAAGAUAAAUAGCACGAUUACGUAGAUGAGUUGAUGUGCACAGAAACGUGGUUGCCAUGACAAUGAGGCCGAGCAGGCUGCAGCUCGAGUGUCUACAUAAAAACACACAGUGUACAGCAGAGGCAGCAGCAAUGGAGCAGUACGCUUUGAAUACCAGAUUACACAAGAGAUUUACUGACUCAAAGUUAGAAUGAAGUUUUUAAUCCGGCAUUUUAAAGAUAACACCUAAAACAAGAUAAAUUUCUUUUAAAAUAAGUCUUGAGAGGUCAGAUAAUUCCAUUAAAAGAGACCCAAAAUGUUCAAAGAUUAACACCAAAUAUCACUCCUAAAUGACUGAAAAACAACAAAUCAAUCCCAGUUUAGCGCUAACUUAAACAUUUCAAGUUAUUCGCCCAAGUUUUGACUCUGUUCUGUGUAGUAUUCAGUAACAUUCAAAGGCAAAUAUUACAAAUAAUGGUCGAUUAAAAAUGCUUUCUAACUCAGACUUCCUUGCCAACUAAUGUGGCAAGAAAGAUUAGUCUGUCCACUUAAUGCUAAGUGGACCUACAGUCACUACACAAAUAUCCAUCCAUCCAUCCAUUUUCUGUUCACCCUUGUCCCUAAUGGGGUCGGGAGGGUUGCUGGUGCCAAUCUCCAGCUACGUUCCGGGCGAGACCCUGGACAGGUCGCCAGUCUGUCGCAGGGCACUACACAAAUAGAUUGAUAUAAAUAAAGGAAGAAACUGGUGAAUGCUGCUCAUUUAAGUAUGAUAGUUUGAUCAAUUGCAUAUGAAUAUUAAGUACUCUUAUUUUUCUUUGAUUUUCUUUUAGCCUAAAAUCACUUGCCAUUUCUACAACUGAGUAACUCGUGUUAAAUUGUAUUCAGUUUUUUAGCUCAGUGUAACCAUAUCCAUUUCCAUACCCAACAUUAAGAAAUAUGUCAAAAAAAAAAAAAAAAAAAAGUGAAACAAAAGACAGCUCAGAAAGCAGUCAUAAUUUGUCACAAUCAUGAUGUUAAAUUGGGAAAGCAAAACCCAGGGGAAAAUGAAGACAUUAUCAACCUAAUUAGUGAUAGCAAAGUCUCCUGCUCAAAUUUAUACAGUGAAGAUUUAUAUGCCCAUUUAAUCCCUUUGUUAUAAAGGAAAAUUUUAAGAGACCUGGAAAACCCUCCUAAACAUGUUUGAAUGCAUCAGUAUGGCUAAUUGCUUCACUUUUUUUAUUUUUAGCUCAUCCAGGAUUCCAGCUCCGACAUUUUUUGUUGCAUCACUCUGUCCUUUUUUUAGAAAUCCGCUCUACAUAUUUUGUAUUUUUAAAUAAAAAAAUCCCAGCAGUAUAGCCUUGACACAAUAACAAACAUAGGAGACUCAGAACUUCCAGAAAUUACUGGUUUCCUGGCACUUGCUAUUUUCUAUAAUUGUUUGAUUUUAUUGUUGCUAUCAUGUCCAAUUUCUCAGAGCAGUAGAAAGCUCAAAUGGAGUGAUGUCAUUUUGUUAAUUUAGAAAAGCUGAAAAUAAACAUGGUAACAUGAGUCCCUGUUUUGUGUUGGGACAAGAUACUUUUCAGAUAUUAGCCUAAUUAUUGCUCCACUACUUUGUUGAUUUAAUUGGAUUGAGAAUAACAAAAUCCUAGAGAGCUAUGGCAGUCUCUUAUUUUGUGCAGCAGUAUUUAAGCUACAAUACUUCUGUGCAUGUAAACAGGAGACAUUGGAAUUUAAUUUUGAAUUACAUUGACGAUAUAUACAUAUCUCCUGUCAUUCCCUAUCUCUGCUUAUCUUGACAUGUGUUAAAAUAUGUGCACCUUAUUGAACCUAAGUGUAUAAUUUCCCCACAUAUGAAGGAGCAUGCUUUAAAACAUUACUGUAAUAUUUUAAAUUUGACAGGCACAGGGUUUCUAUGGUACAGUCUGAAAUAAGAAAAGUCAAAAGGAAGUUAAACUCCAUGUGUCUGACUGUGGUUCCUUCCUCUUAGAUGACAGCAUUUUUUUUUCUGGCAUCUUAUUUAUAUUUCAUGCUUCUGUUUGUCUUUGUUCACUUGUCAGACUGCAAAAAGAAAUGGAAGUGAACCCCACUGACUGCACAAUGAGGUCUGACAUGGAUCCAAAACUAAACCUUGCCAAAUCUGAGCAAAGAAAAUAAAAAAAUAAAAGCCCACUAUAAUAUAGUUAUCUGGAUCAGCUGAAUAUUUAUGUCCAUUUAUUGAAUGAAUUUCUAUGUGAUCACAAUUCUUUGUUCUUUUGUGCUUGUUAUGCAAUGGAAAAAGUUGAUUUUACAUUUGUAAACUAGAAGUAUUCAAUCAUUAACUUUGUUGAUGUGCAGAAUAUGUACAAUAAUACAAGCUUAU